UUCGCUGAAGUUUCUCAGUCUGGCGUUUGCAUGUUUGUUUCAUCCUGCAUCCCGCUCUGUAGUGUGAAGGCGAGGGGCAAGUUGUUGUUACAAUCUUUCAGCGUUCCUCGUGUUUCAACCCUGGAGUGGCGGUGUGCGUGUUGAACUUGGUGAGAGUGCGGACAAGAAGUGUUUUUUUUGUAUCAGUCCGCACGUCCGUGGCGGAUAGACGUUGUGGAAAAAUGUGCGCGGUAGCGGAAAGAGCCUGGCCGGCGUUUCGUGUGUUUACUGUGGUGUGUUUCUCCGUCUACCUGUUCGGUCGGACACGAGCCAAUAAUUUGGAUAUUGACCACCCAACCGUGUUCGAAGGAAAUGCGGGGAGCUACUUUGGGUACACCGUAGCUCUUCUCAACAGUAGGAAUACAACGUUAGCACUUGUGUCAGCAAUCAAAGACAACUCCACUUCCAUGGUAGGGGUCAUUCGACCCGGAGCGCUUCACAAAUGCGUGCCGAAUACGGGACUCUGCUAUGAAGUUGGUAUUGACACGAAAGGUAACGGAUUCCGCGGUGGCAGCUCACAGAAAACCUACGUGGACCUCAAGGACGACAUGGACUUGGGAAUGAGCCUCAAAGUGCAAGGUGGAGAUGACGGAAAGAUUGUGGUGUGUGCGCCAAAGUGGAGAAACCAGGAGAGCCGCGUCAUCUUUGGCACCAACGGCCUCUGCUAUGUGCUUAACAAUGACCUCUCACCUCAAGAGCAGCUGAGGCCACUUUUGCAGAAGAAUCAGCAGACGAAGAAGACCAUUAAUCCAAUCACUCAUACCGUUGCUACAACUAACCACUACGCCGUCGGAGAGGCCGGCUUCUCAGUGACGUUUACUGCUGAUGAUGAGUUAAUCCUCGGAGCGCCAGGGUUGCUUGACUGGACAGGAAAUCUGGUCAAGUACAUAAAAGAUGAAAAGACAUCAACACUGCGUGGUUUUGUUGGGCAAGAUGGCCUCGUCAGGCAGAGAAUAUCGCAAUACAUAGGAUACUCUGUAACUUCUGGAAGGUUCACGGAGGCACUUGGAAACUCAAUAGCAGCCAGUGCUCCUAGGGAUACAGCCGACUGUCGCGGUGCAGUGUACAUACUUGGGCAGCAGACAGGAAGGGCUGAAGCGUUUAUUCUGCAAGUGCAGAUGAUGAAAGAAGGUGAACAGAUGGGCUCCUAUUUUGGUGCUGCUGUUUUGGCCCUGGAUUUAACUCAGAAUGGUUUCUCUGACCUCCUUGUUGGAGCUCCAAUGUACUCGCUUCGUGAUGAUGGUCCAGGCGAUGAGGGGAAGCUUUAUGUCUACAGGAGCAACGGAGCCAGCUUGCAAUUGCAAGAUGGAACCAUCAUGGGUGCAACUGUGGCUGGUGCACGGUUUGCUUCUGCCAUUGUACACGCAGGGGACCUCAACAUGGAUGGUUACCCAGAUGUUGCCAUUGGAGCACCUUAUGAAAAUGGUCACGGUGCAGUUUACAUAUACAACGGGGGCAGCGACGGCCUGAAGACAAAAUAUGCGCAGAGAAUUGAGGCUCGCAGGAUCACUGGGGCUCCUAUGGGCUUUGGCAUGGGGAUAUCGGAUGGAGUUGACAUGGACAACAACUAUUACCCAGAUCUCCUCAUUGGUGCAUACGACUCUGACAAGGCUUACCUCUUCAGGGCAGUGCCAGUGGUCCACACAAAUGCCUGGGUGGAGAUCGAGACGGAGCGAUUUGCUUCAAGAAACCCAAACUGUAACUACAGAGGAAGGGAGUUUAUCUGCGUGACGAUAACGCCGUGCAUCUCCUAUGAUGGCAAACACGUACCUAACCAAAUAGAAUUCCAAUACACUCUGGAAAUGGACACAAGGAAAAAUAUAUCUCGCCGUGGUUUCCUGGAAGGCCCUGCAGAGCUUGCCGAGGUUACGGACUUCAAGGUGCUUCAAAGAGGGAAGGAGAACUGCUUUGUGCAAAAGGCAUACAUCUAUCCUGAUGUCAAAGAUAUCGUGACUCCGUUUGAGUUCAAGCUUUCAUAUGGGAUAAGCCGAGCAAGGCGACAAGCCUUCUGCAAGGAGUGUGUUGCAAUCGACAGUGGUUCACAGACAGUGAUCACAAACAGGACUGCCUUCAAGUUGGAGUGCGGCGACAACAACAUAUGUAUUGCUGACGUGAUGCUGACGGCCAAAAUUGCAGGACAUGAGAGUGGUGCACCUCUGGUCGUUGGAAGAGACAAUGUGGUGACCCUCAACAUUAACGUCAAGAAUGCUGAAGACAAGCAAGCUGCCUACCUGACCUACGUAACCGUAGAGCUGCCUGAGAGCGCUGACAUAGUCAACCUAGCGACAUGCGUGCUGAAGAACAACAACGAUACGCUCGAAUGUGAUAUUGGAAAUCCCCUUCGUGCUGGUGAACAGGUAUCGCUGUCCAUAAAGCUGGGCGUGGCAAAAAUCAAGGGAGAGGUCAAGAUCAGAGUCACGGCAAAAACAGACAGUAAAGAUUCCAAUCCUGCAAAUAAUGUGGAAAACAUAGCGCUCCCUGUCAUCUAUAAUGGAGAUGUUGGCAUCGAAGGGGCCGCCACAGUCAGCCAGUACGUCUACAAUGAAACGAGUGACCUUGUGCCAGUGGUGCACACCUUCACGGUGGUGAAAUAUUUUGCUACUCCAAUAAACAGAGUCAAUCUGCUCGUAAGGAUUCCCACAAGAAUAUUGGGGGAGAAGGAUUCGUUCCUAGAUUUGCAGAGCAUAAGGUUGGAGGACCAGUCAAGGGCUAGAGUCGGUGGAAGCUGUAACUUUUCAUCAAAUUUCAAGAAACGGUCUUCACAGCACGAGGGACGCAGAGCUUCGAAAGUGAGACGGUCCGCGAAUCCUGCACCCCUCAUGAGCAGCCACAUUUCCAAGACUCAGGUUAAAAUGUUGAAGCUGGACUGCAGUGAAGCAGAAUGUACGGCGUUUGAGUGCCAAGUUGGACCAUUCACAGACCCCAAGAAAGUCGCCAGGAUAACCAUCGGGAUGGUUAUUAAUGUCACGAGGAUAAUGGAUCAAGUGGGCAUGCCGGACACUGUGGAUGUUGUUUCAUCUGCUGCAAUCACUAUCCUGGACAAAACUGUCUUUACGCACCUCGUUAAGCCUCGACCAAAGCAGACUGAGAUUGUUACAUCACUAGUUAAAGAAGGUCCUCCGGCCCCGUACCAGCUGCCCUGGUGGGCAUACCUCCUUAUAGUCUUGUUUGGAAUAGCGCUUCUGCUUCUCAUUGUGUUCUGCCUGUACAAGUGCGGCUUCUUCCGGCGCAAGGAAAAGGAAGAAUUAGAGGAGGAGAAACGGAAGUCCCUCGCCGUUCCUCCAAGCCCCGGAAACUCUCCGUCCGACGACAGCGAAGUUCGACGAAGCCUCCUGGCUGUAGAUGUUACGGACGACUGAAGCCUCUGUUUGACCGCCGUGUUCGACCAGCGUGCUCAAGGAUAGUUUAAACGUGCUAGUCACAGUCUUUUUCUUUUUUUUCAAAUUGGACUAUUUUACGUUCUUAGCGCCAUCAGAUGAACGUUCUUCUAGGAUAACACGUACACGUUACGCCACUGCCUACGCGAAACACUGAUUGAGAAGUGCUGUGGUCUAAAUAUUGAUCGCACGAAAGUUGUAUUAUACAGGGGCUACUCUCCUAGACGUUGAGAGACUCGGGAGAAAAACGAAAUGGUGAUCUCAUCAGUGGUUUGUAUUUUUUAAAGAUUGAUUUCUUUUGGCUGUCAUCAUACAUUUUAGGAGUGUCUUAUGUACUGACGGAAGUACUCGUGGUUAGGAAAGUUGUUGUUUUAUGAAGUGCACGACGUGUGCGCUUUUGCGGAGUUGUGACUCGUAAUUUGUGCUAGGUAUACUGGGACGCCAGGGCAAAUGUGUCACGCGUAAAAGACAAGUGUGCCUAAGGGUAUAUUUAUGUAAAAUGUUAUACAGGGUGUCUCUUUUUUUUUUUUUUUUUUUUUUCUGUACAGAUUUUUAAGGGCUAUAGGAAUUAAGGGCUAUAGUCAUCCUGUUUUCACUUCUAUCAUCUCUGGGCCGGCGGACGUUCUUGGCCAUCUGUUGCCCAACCGUCGCAUGACUAAUUACCUAAAAAUCGUUAAUUAACUUUUUAAUUAUAAAAUGUCGUCCCAAUGAAAACAUCUGGUCCCUUUGGUCACCUAAUACGGUUACAGUUUUCAGAACCAAAAGUCCAUCGAUAGACCGCCCGCAACAAAUUCGUGAAAGAACAAAUUUUUUUUUCUUUAUUUCGUUCAUUGCGCAUCUUCGGAGAUGCGUCUUUCCUUCACCCCCAGUGUGAGAGGGUGAAGGAGCACAGUGCCGCCUCAUGCGUCGAAGAUGAGCUCAAACUUGCGGAAACAAAACAAAAAAUGUAUCUGGUGACGCUAUCCGAACUGUGCUUAUCUUGGGUUGCAUUUUCUGUUUUCUUUUAACCUUUUUCCAGGACGCAAGAGACUAUAGUCUGCUCUUUCACCCUCUCACAUUAGGGGUGAAGCAAAGACUCGCCUCCGAAGAUGCGCAAUGAACACAAUAAAGAAGGAAGAUGUUCUUUCACGAAUUUUUUGCGGGCGAUCGAUCUAACGGAUUUUUGUUCUGAAAACGGCUACGAUAUCGGGUGACCGAAAAGAACAGAUGUUUUCAUUGGGACAACUUCGUAGCUUUUAUAAUUCAAAAGUUAAUUAAGGAUUUUCAGGUACUUAGUCAUUCGACGGUUGAGCAACAGAUAGCCAGAAUGUCCGCCGGCUCAGAAAUGAAAACAGUGAAACAAGUGAAAACAGCAUGUCUAUAGCCCUUAUAGCUUUUUAAUGAAAAAUCUGUAUCGGAAAAGAAGACUCCCUGUAUUUAUGUAAAAUAUUAUAUAUCUUUAUCAUCAACAUCAUUUUUGUUCAUUGUAGAAUACUUAGAACAUCAGUUUAAUUACAGAGCGGUGUGCUGCCAGCAGCAUUUCUUUUAGUGCAUUUUGGGUCUGCAGCAAAUGUAGUAUAUAUGUUGAUCAUUUUUGCCAUCUUUUAAUCAUACACCUAUUACAUGAUAUUUGAGCUGUGAUUUUUUUUACUGGUUUUAGAGAUGUUUCUACAUCUUGUUGCAUUUUCAGACCACUGUACCAUUCCAAACCAGUGUUAGUGUCUAUGACAAAACACCAUUGCAGUGUAUGCAACACUCAGGCCUUGAGUAAUGUGCUGUUAUGUUUUUGUGCAAUGUGCCUCGCUAUAAUGCUUGGAAUCUGUGCCUUAAAUCAGACACUGAACAAGUUCUACUUAGAUGCGUAUACGAUCGUGCGGGUGUGCAGGUCGUCUCGUUGCUCAGACAAGUCCGGGGCAGAAGCAUUUUUUGUAGUAUUUAUGAUGGCCCAAGUUGUGGCAUGCAAUAAAUUAUUGCGUACAUUA